UUAAUUCAACAGUACAUCAAAAUUGAUAUUGGAUUGAGAUUCUAAAUCUCGAUUUGAAUACCAAAUAUCACAAAACUUGAACUGAUAUGAAUUUUAAGAAACCUUUUAUGCGGAGAAAAACCUCUAAUCUUGCUCAUUUGUGUCAGGUGCAGGGGUUGUUUUGUUCCUGGUAUGAUGCAAGCAAUAAAAGAGAAAGGUUGAUUUCUUCAAAGUGAAUUCAGUAUUUUUCAUGCUAAGAUUGAAUUCAGUAUCUUAUAAACAGUAUAGGGUUGACAGUAUCAGAUCAAAUUCGCUAUCAGAGAGAGCGAGAGCGCUCAGUUGCGCUCAUCGGCGAGGUUAACUUGACCGACUUGAUGGCAAUAUAAACCCUUCUACCUCCUUUCGGUGCCCUUCACGCGUUGGCUCUUUUGAUUCCGUGGCGUCGCCGCCUCCAAUCUUUUGUUCUUUCGUUUCGUCUUGAGCCCUAAAGAAAGAAAAGGAGAUCAUGGCGAAGAGUCCCAUGCGGCCGCUGCUUUGGGCGAUGGCCGCGGCCCGGCGGAGGCUCUUUACCGCGUCCGCAGCGUCAUCGCCAUCGCCAUCGCCAUCGUCUUCUUCGGCGGAAGCGAGAGCUUCUGAAGUAGGAGAGAGGAAGGAGUCGAAGCCCCUCUACCGCCGGUUGUCGGCGCUGGGGAGAGCACCGGCGGGUAGCGUGACGAAGACGCUCAACAAGUGGCUGAGGGAGGGGAGAACGGUAACGGCCACGCAGCUCAUGAAGUAUGUUAAGGAACUCCGAAAGUACAACCGCUACAGUCACGCUCUUGAGCUGAUGGAGUGGAUGUCCGGUACAAGGGGCAUGAAUAUAUCUUACACCAAUCAUGCAAUACGCCUAGAUCUCAUAUCAAAAGUCAAGGGUACUGAAUCUGCAGAGGAGUACUUUUCUCAAUUGCCAGAACCUGCCAAAAAUGAGCGAACAUAUGGAUCCCUUUUGAAUUGUUAUUGCUCAGGGAAAAAUGCAGAUAAAGCAAUCUCUCUUUACAAUCAUAUGAAGGACCGCAACAUAGCAUCGAGUACUCUGGUCCACAAUAAUCUAAUGUCCCUUUACAUGAAGUUAGGUCAGCCUGAGAACGCCAUUACCCAGUUCCAAGAGAUGAAGUCAAAGAACAUUGUCCCAGAUAAUCUAACGUGCUGCAUCCUGAUGAACUGCUAUGCUUCACUAAAUGACAUUGUAUCAGUAGAAAGCGUUAUAAAAGAAAUGGAAGAGGGAGGUGAAGUUACUCUACAGUGGUCCGCAUAUAGUACCCUGGCUGCCAUUUAUAGUUCAGCUGGUAUGGCCACGAAAGCUGAGUCAGCUCUCAAGCAGCUCGAAGGACUUGUAGAUAAACGUGACUGGAUGCCUUUUCACUUUUUAAUCAGUUUAUAUGCAGGUAUUGGCAAGUUAGGAGAGGUAAAAAGGAUAUGGAUGUCUCUUAAGGAAGUGUACUCAAACCCUAUCAACAUGAGCUAUCUCAAAAUGCUUCAGGCUCUUAGUAAGCUUGAUGAUAUUCAUGGUCUAAAGCUUUUGUAUGAAGAAUGGGAGUCUGGUUACACAGCGUAUGAUCUGAGAUUGACAAACCUGAUGAUAGGAACUUACCUAAAGAAAGAUAUGAUUCGAGAAGCUGAGUCUAUUUGGCAGAAGGCUUCAGAAAGGGGUGCAGUUCCUGAUUUCUGGACUUGUGAUCGGUUCUUAGAUUACAGUUUGAAGAACAAGGACACAGGUUUGGCUCUCAGGUGGUUGGAGACGGCGACAUCAAUGGUGAAACAGGACGAGUGGAAGUUAAAUGAAGAUAAGGUGGACGCGUUUCUGAAAGCUUUUGAGGAAGCAAAGGAUGUUGAGGGGCUAGAGGAGUUCAGCAAAAGUUUGAGGAGGCUCAAAUGUCUCGACUUAAAUGCAUAUGAAGCGCUCCUGCGAACUUAUCUGGCAGCCGGUAAGAAGAACCCCAGUCUUCAUCGGCGAAUAAAGGAUGAUAAGAUCAAAAUUAGCUCGGAAACUAAGAAGUUGCUUCAAUGGGUCUGUGCCACUAAUUAGUAUUUUUCGAUUUGAGCAGUUAUGGCAUAAUUAUAUGGAGGAACAUUUGAGCGAAAUGUUAGACAUACUUGUUUCAGGGCACCGACUGAAAUAUCAUGGUCACGUAGUGCUAACUUUGACACAUGGUUUCUCAUCAAUUCUACUGGAAAAUUGGGAAUUCUCCAUAUGUUGCAAUAGUUUUAGAAAGACAAGAAUGCAUGAAUAGAUUAUGGUUUCUUGUCCGAUGGAUCACUCUGUUGCGUUCUAUUUCCCAACAUGAAGAUCACGACCAUUUGACAAUUUUGAUGCUGCCUCAUCAGAUACUUUAUUGGAUCAGCGUGAAUUCUCGAUCAAAACAUAAAGAUGGGAGACUUUGUUGAGGUAUGGAUGUCAUUUGAAUUAAAUCAUUGAUCAAAAUACUUAACUUGAAGUUGAUAUUGAUAUACUCAUUAGAUUUUUAUAAAUUUUAGUCUUGUUUAUUUUUGAUGA